AUGGCCGAGCAGUGUCUCCAAGACUAUGGGUUGGACAUGAACGAUGACACCCUCGCAGAGUUCUUCUUGAUGUGCCAUAGGCUAGCUAACAUCACUCUCGGCCAUGAUAGAGAGGAUUUGCUUGUGUGGUGGUGGCAUGGCGAUGGAUGUUAUUCCUCCAAAGAGGGCAUGGCCGAGCAGUGGCUCCAAGACUAUGGGUUCGACAUGAAUGAUGACACCCUCGCCAAGUUAUUCUUGAUGUGCCAUAGGCUAGCUAACGUCACUCUCGACCAUGAUAGAGAGAUGUGCUUGUGUGGUGGUGGCAUGGAGAUGGAUGUUAUUCCUCCAAAAGGCCCUGCUUCGUCGUCCUCACUCCUGCGCCUCUUGCUUGUCACCUCCUCGUCGAAAGAGGAACUGCCGGACGACGAGUCCGUGGAGGACUUCGAGUCGGACGAAGAAGAAGAGGAAGAAGAAGAAGAAGAAGAAGAAGAAGAAGAAGAAGAAGAAGAAGAUGAAGAAGAAGAAGAUGAAGAAGAAGAAGAAGAAGAAGAAGAAGAAGAAGAAGAAGAAGAAGAAGAAGAAGAAGAAGAAGAAGAAGAAGAAGAAGAAGAAGAAGAAGAAGAAGAAGAAGAAGAAGAAGAAGAAGAAGAAGAAGAAGAAGAAGAAGAAGAAGAAGAAGAAGAAGAAGAAGAAGAAGAAGAAGAAGAAGAAGAAGAAGAAGAAGAAGAAGAAGAAGAAGAAGAAGAAGAAGAAGAAGAAGAAGAAGAAGAAGAAGAAGAAGAAGAAGAAGAAGAAGAAGAAGAAGAAGAAGAAGAAGAAGAAGAAGAAGAAGAAGAAGAAGAAGAAGAAGAAGAAGAAGAAGAAGAAGAAGAAGAAGAAGAAGAAGAAGAAGAAGAAGAAGAAGAAGAAGAAGAAGAAGAAGAAGAAGAAGAAGAAGAAGAAGAAGAAGAAGAAGAAGAAGAAGAAGAAGAAGAAGAAGAAGAAGAAGAAGAAGAAGAAGAAGAAGAAGAAGAAGAAGAAGAAGAAGAAGAAGAAGAAGAAGAAGAAGAAGAAGAAGAAGAAGAAGAAGAAGAAGAAGAAGAAGAAGAAGAAGAA